CUUUUGUUUUGAAACGAUCAACCCGGAAGCGGCGUGCACACUCGCUGGUCAGCUAAACGAAAUGUUGACAAAGCAAAGUUGACCGGUGCCGGUGCAGGAACAAGCGCAGACUAGAGUCACGGGUUCGAUAAACUACCUCACGGUUCUCCCGCUUCUCCUGCUCAAAUAGCAACAGUUGCUGCUGUUGUUUUUGUUUUAUCCGGCUUUUCAGACGAACCUGUGACAAACGCAAACACAGUGAACACGGAAGUCGGGGUGAAAUAUUUUGUGCCGUCGCAGGUAUGGACGUAGACGACGAGAGGAGAGGGCUGCUGGACGAGGAUCUGACAGGACUCGUGUCUGAGCAGGACGCGUAUCUAAGCAAAGUGAAGAACAGGAAUUUAUACCUGGCCACAUUUGCAUCCGUUCUGGGUCCCAUGAGCUUCGGCUUUGUGCUGGGCUACAGCUCUCCUGCACUUCCUGAACUCAUGAAUAUCGCUGACCCACGGCUACAGCUCAACAACAUCCAGGCCUCCUGGUUUGGGUCCAUUGUGACAGUGGGAGCAGCAGUGGGUGGCUUGCUGGGCGGUUGGAUGGUGGAAAAGAUUGGCAGGAAGCUCAGCCUCAUGUUCUGCUCGCUGCCCUUCGUCUUUGGCUUCACUGUCAUCAUCGCAGCACAGAAUGUGUGGAUGCUUUAUAUUGGCAGAGCGCUCACUGGCCUUGCAAGCGGAAUCACAUCGCUGGUCGUCCCGCUCUACAUCUCUGAGAUGGCGCACGAGCGGGUCAGAGGAACCUUGGGCUCUUGUGUGCAGCUGAUGGUGGUGCUCGGCAUCAUGGGAGUUUAUCUUGCAGGCCUCUUCCUGGACUGGCGGUGGCUGGCGAUCUGCAGCUCCAUUCCACCAACACUUUUAAUGGUCUGUAUGUGCUUCAUGCCGGAAACACCCCGCUUCUUGCUGUCACAGGGCAAGAGGCAGGAGGCUGUGGAGGCACUACGCUUCCUGCGAGGGCCAGAUGCCCCCGUUGAAUGGGAGUGUGCUCGUAUCGAGGAUGCUUGUGACGAGCGGGGCUCAAAUUUCCAGGUGUCUGACCUGAAGAACCCUGGCGUCUACAAGCCUCUGAUGAUUGGAAUCAUGCUGAUGGUGUUUCAGCAGAUGACUGGGAUCAAUGCCAUUAUGUUCUAUGCUGAGAACAUCUUUGAACAAGCACAUUUUAAGGAAAGUGACCUCGCAUCAGUGAUCGUGGGUUUGAUUCAGGUCAUCUUCACUGCAAUAGCAGCAUUGAUCAUGGACAAGGCAGGAAGGAAAAUCCUGCUCAUCAUCUCAGGUGUUGCCAUGGUAAUCAGCACCACUGCAUUUGGGGUUUACUUCUACCUGAUGUCCAGUGGAGCCUCGCUGGACCUUCUGCUGAUGGACGCUGCUGGUGAAAAACCUCAUACUGACCUGGCCUGGCUGGCCCUUGCAAGCAUGGCCAUCUUCAUCGCAGGCUUUGCUCUUGGCUGGGGUCCAAUCCCGUGGCUUGUCAUGUCAGAGAUAUUCCCUGUCAAAGUGCGAGGGUUUUCCAGUGCCAUAUGCGUACUGACAAACUGGAGCAUGGCGUUUCUCAUCACCAAAACCUUCCAAGACAUGAUGAAUCUUCUUACCAGUGCUGGAACCUUCUGGUUGUUUGCCUGCAUGUGCAUUGUGAAUGUCAUCUUCACCAUGGUGUUCAUCCCAGAGACAAAGGGCAAGACACUGGAGCAAAUUGAAGCCAUGUUCAGAGGAGCAGCAGGUCCAUGACGUGAACUGACUAAACAACCUCUCAGCUUUAAAGUUUCUGAUCAAUGCACUUCAAUGGAAUCAUUUGCAGUUAGGGCUGUGCUGAGAAACAGCAGUAUCUUCUACGAAUGACAGGGAAACUCUGAACCCUGGUGGUGAAGAUGAAGCAUUCAUAAAACCAGGUGUGCUAACUUCAGUUACACAACUCUACACUGCCCCCUCGUGGCCGCACAUCUGUAAAUCACCUCUGAGUCGACACUGAUGUCAGUGAAGUUCUUCUGAUUUUUUCCUACGGUGUUGGGACGGUAUGAGGAUUGUAAGGACAUUUUAAAAUGGAAUUUGUUAACAAAGCAUUUGCUGCUUUCUAGUUUAAAAAGUGUAUAGAGAGUCUAUGCGAGACUAUGCUAAGCUAAUUAAAGGCAUCAUAUUUUAAUGGAUUUAAUGGAUGGUGCAGAAUUGUACUUGUUGGGAAAAAAUUAUUUUAUAUUUUCCUCAUCCAUUUUCACUCUAGUUCUCACCUGUUUUGGUUCAUUCAGUUUACAAAACAUGAUGAUACACAACAUUGAUCAUAGAAGUAAAUUACAUUUUUUCUUGAUUUUAAUUUCCAUUUGAGAGUGGAAAUCACUUGUGCAUUGCUGAAGCUUGCAGAGAUCUGCAAGGUGCUUCAGGAACUAUACAUGGAACUAACACAAUAAUAAUGCCAGUAAUGACUUUGAUGACUUCUGCAGAUACAAACUGAUAAAUUCUGUGGGAAGUAAAUCAUCAUGAAGUUUGAGCACUGGACGUGCUGAUAUAACAGCUGCUUACAUCAUCGGAUAAAUUAAGUAAAUCAGAAAAGAUGAACACUAAAUAUAAUCACCUCAUUUAAAAGUUGUAAAGUCUCUGUGAAAGUAUGUGUAUGUGGCUGAUUUGAUUUUGUAAUGAUUUUUCUGUUGGGAAAAAGAAAAUGUCUCAAACUUGAUCUCAUAUUUGAUUUCAUAUGUUUGAAGAAGUAUAUUUUACACUUGUUUGGUGUUUGUUUAGUUCCGAUAAUCCUUUGUCUGAAAUAUUUUGAAAUAUACAGUUUGACAUCUGUCUUGAUCCUACUUAUGUACAUUUAUUAAAUUAAAUACGUGUUUACUUUAUUAUUAGUUAUAUGAACUGCUUAUUUUUUUAUCAUAAUUUACUUCUUUUCUAUGUUUUUAUAACGACAUGGCACUAGACUGCAGCGCUGUGCCAGAGUACAAGAAACAAGUAAUGGACAUUUUAAAUUUUGAUUUUGCGCAUUACGACGUACUUGAAUUUUCAAAAUAAAAUAUCUGUCAAGUGUAUUUUCUAAUUACGUGACAAGUUUGCCAGUUUCUUUGUUCCAAAUUGAAUAAAUGGUAUUAAACAAAUUAAAACAACAUAAAAUCAA